GAGAAAAAAAAAAAACAAAUAAUUUUUUUGUUUUGGGGACUAGGGAGGGGGAAAAAAAAAAGAAAAAAAAAAAGAAGAAGCGAAUUCAACUUGCAUCGUUUGAGGAGUCGGGCACCGGUCUGAGUAGCUCUCGAGCUGUGUAUCAUUAGCAAUGGAGGUCGAGAUCAAAGCGAUACUCGAUGAUCUUGAAACUCUCAAGCGAUCAUUGAUGGACACUUCUCAUCGCGCUUCGAUCAACCAGCUGCAAUUGCGAGCAGAACAUCUCGCUGAUCUUGCAAAGUCUGCACCUGUUCGACGAUCAAAAGUCAAGGAUAUGAGUGCCGAAGUGGUAGAUAGCAAUCCUUAUAGUAGGCUUAUGGCACUUCAGAGGAUGGGAAUUGUGGAGAACUAUGAAAGAAUACGGGAAUUCUCAGUUGCCAUAGUUGGUAUAGGUGGUGUAGGCAGUGUGGCAGCUGAGAUGCUGACAAGGUGUGGUAUAGGUCGUCUUUUGUUGUAUGAUUAUGACAAAGUGGAGUUAGCUAACAUGAAUAGGCUAUUCUUUCGUCCAGAGCAGGUUGGUAUGACAAAGACCGACGCUGCUGUCCAGACCCUAUCGGACAUAAACCCUGAUGUUGUGCUUGAGAGCUAUACACUGAACAUCACAACAGUGCAAGGGUUUGAAACCUUCAUAUCAAGUCUGAGAAAUAAAACAUUUCGCCCUAGUAAAGAAGGCAGUGGAGUGGAUCUUGUGUUAAGCUGCGUAGAUAAUUAUGAAGCAAGGAUGGUUGUAAACCAGGCUUGCAAUGAGCUAAAUCAGACAUGGAUGGAGUCUGGCGUAUCUGAAGAUGCUGUUUCAGGUCACAUACAAUUAUUAAUUCCUGGAGAGACAGCUUGUUUUGCUUGUGCCCCUCCUUUGGUUGUUGCAUCUGGAGUAGAUGAACGUACACUCAAGCGUGAAGGUGUGUGUGCUGCAUCCCUCCCAACCACUAUGGGAGUUGUUGCUGGGCUUCUGGUUCAAAACACACUCAAAUUCUUGCUGAAGUUUGGAAGAGUCUCCCCAUACUUGGGAUAUAAUGCUCUAAAAGAUUACUUCCCAACCAUGGAAAUGAAACCAAACCCUCAAUGUUCAAACAUAUCUUGUGUGGAACGACAGAAAGAAUACAUACUUGCAAAACCUGCUAGGGAUGCAGAAGCAAAAGCAAAAAUGGAAGCAGAAGCAUUAUCAGAGACAGCGGCCCCAGUUCAUAUUGAUAAUGAAUGGAACAUAAGUGUUGUCGAUGAUAGUGAAUUGCAGAGUGCAGACACCAAGAAUUCAGGUGCCCUUCCAGAAGGUCUUGUUCAUGAACUUCCAGCUGCAGAUGAGUUUCAAAAACCACCACCAGCUCCAGAAGAGCCCAUCUCUGUAGAUGACCUAGAAGAUCUUAGGAGGCAACUAGACGCCCUUAAUGCUGCUUGAUCUACAUCUCAAAACCUUGGGUCCUAAAUUUUUGCAGUGUCCUUUGUAAAGAGAAAAAUUUUGAAACCCUCAUUAUUGAUAUGGGUUUCGGGCAAUAGGUACCAUCCAACCAUCCUUUCUGCUUGAACAUUUUUUUGAAAUAUUGUCACUCUUAAAACCUGGAAGGAAUUCCAUACACCUCAUAACUGUACAUUUUCACUAUGUAUUAAAUUUUUAGUCUCCAUGUUAAGGUAAAUACCUUGGAGAUCUAAAAUGCUGUUUUGGUUUGAAAAAUAAAUCUUUUUAUUUUUUUUUCUUUCUAA